AUGAAAACAGCAAAUGUUUCAUGGGAUCAAUACAUUGCAUAUACAGUGAGCGAGAGUGAAUCGCAACCGGCUGUUAUUUCUAUCGAUUUCAAGACUGAAGUAAAGGAAGGUUUGAUAAUUCAUGGAACAGUGCUAUCACUGAAAGAUAGCAAGCCAAUAGGAGAUCUAAAAUUGGCACUAAUUUAUGGACAACUGAGAUUAACAAUAGCUGAAAUUGCUGAAAUAAAUUUCGAUAAUGUUAUCCUCAGUAGCGAUAAGUAA